CCUCGACCACCACCACCUCUCGGUUCCCGCUCUCCCAGCCUCUUCGCCUAUGGUCAAAAUCCCAACCUGUCAAAUAUCGUCCUCGCUUCAUCCUCAUGUGGUCCAUCUUCAACCUUUCAAUCAACCUCCUCCCGCUGUCUGUCACGCAUCGCACUCACAGCACAGCUAUCCCAAUGUGCCACCUUGCGGCCCGAUCAUAAAAAGGCAUUGCGCACUUCCGUAACUCUACUUGUAUCAUCUUCUCACAGUUACCACACUUGCGACUCCACCACUAUCGAUAGCAAGCAAGGCCAGAGUGACAGCACAUUCUCGCCUCGAUCUUCUGACAGCGAUCGCUCACCCCUCACUCAUUUCUUGCGCAAACGCCCGGCAAUCCUUCUUACUCUACUUCUUCCAAGAUGGCCAACGUCGAGAUGCCAACAAUUGAAUCGCUUGUGCCAUCAACACCUCCGCCGGCUCCUCGUUCUCACUCCGCGGACAGCAUGAGCAAGUCGGCCUAUGCUUCACCACCAGCAAUGUCCGCAAGCUUGACCCCUCCUCCAUCUACACAGCCUCCUCGCUUUCAUUCACCCGUCAAUCGCGCAAGCAUCGGACCUAGCGAUCCUCUACUUGCAUCACCUCCCAGCACGUUAAAAGGCAAUGUUCUGCGUGCACUUCCUACACCGGAUGCGAUCGCUCAAGCCGGCAUCGAAGAACUGCGCGACAUGGCCAAAGAAUUGGUCGCCGCCGUUCAAGAAGCUCGAACCUCUGCCGCGCACUUCAAGUUGCAACACAGCUUGCUCGCGAUGGAGUCAGAAGAGGCCGCACAAAGGGCUGAAGUCGAACGUCAGAUGACUCGACGAGAAAUGGAAGUCCUCCAAGCUGUCGAACACAAGAAUCGUGCUUCAGGGUCCUUGCGCAGCUCGCUGCCUCCAGCGCAACCACAAAUCGAUGCAUUGACCAGAACAUGCAGAAUGCUCGAGGAUGAGCGUGACGACGCGGAACAUGAACUCCUUCGUGCCAGAAAACAACUCGAAGCAGAAAAGGACAAGGUUGAUCUCUUGAUGGAGCAGAACGAGAGGCUUAAGAAACGUAUUCGCGACAACAGAGAACACUUCAGUCGACUCAAGAGCCUUUCUCCCUCGUACGCGACACCUCGUGAUGCAUACACAACGCCCCAGCGCAGGGCAAUCCCCAAAUUUGAAUCGGCCCCUAGCCAUGGCACUAUCGCCGCACUUCUAGCAGCAGAUCAGGUCUUGAGCAGAGAAAGCCUCAGUGUCCCGUCGACCCCCACCAAAACGCAUACGUCAAAGUUGAAGCACGGCCAUACUCGAGGCGCCCACUCAAUGUCGUCGUUGCACACCGCGCCUGCUCAUCAUCGUCCGUCGCAGAAUGAGGGUUAUUCAGAAUCUAUGGUACCCCUCUCAGCGCCAGCCUCCCAGUUGGUGAUCGAGUCUGCCGAGAGAGGACGUCACGAUCGAGAUAGUACUAUCUCGAUCUCCGAUGCUGAAGAAGGCAGCAAUGACGAUGUCCCACAGUCACAGGCUAGUUCGCUGGCUACUAACAUGCUACGCCGAAAUCCUGGACCUCAAGAGAGUUUACGGCUGUCGCAAGGUGCAGAGAAGUCCAGCAAUGUAUUGCAGAGAAAGCUUUUUGGCCCGGUCCAAAAGUCAGCUCACACGAAAAAGAGAUCUGGUAGCUUUGGAGAAUCAGAUAUGAAAGCGAAGAAGGCGAGAAUAUCUCAAGGUGUUGGUCUGGGUAUUGAAUCUUGGAGUCAGUGAUCUCGAGGCAAUCAGUGCCAUUUUGGGGGAGUUUUUCUGGGUUUGAUUUAAAGGAUACCCACUCAAUCCCAGUGUUACACACGUCGGAAAGGAAGGUGAUUAGUAUCAUAGCUCAUGCUCAAUCUUAUCACAAUGUAGUCUGUAUA